AUGGCCAGCAGCAGCUUCUUUGGAUUUAAAGUGACAAGUGGCCCUAAAAGAGCUCAAAUUCUUUUUGUUUUCUUUUUGCUUAAAGGAGAGGGUCCGUUUCCUGCUGUGUUGGAUCUGGGCUCCUUAAGGUCAGAGAAAAGGGCCUCUCUGCUGGCCAAUAAAGGCUAUAUAGUUCUUGCUUUACCCAUACUCGCUGGAAAACCCAAACUGGAAAGGAUUAAUCUGGACGAUUUCGAAGAAGCAGUGCAGUUCCUACAAAACCAGCCAAAGGUGAGCAGUAAAGGAGUUGGAGUAAUAUCCCUAUCCAAGGGGGGCGACAUUGUGCUUUCUCUCGCUGCUUUUGUGCCCGGAGUUGAAGCUGUGGUCUGGAUCAACGGCUGCUCAGCUAACACAGCCUUACCCCUGUAUUAUAAGAAUAGACAGAUUCUCUCAGCAUUGAAGUUUGACAUGGACAAAAUGCUUUCCACUGAGUCGGGAGCCCUUGUCACCAAAUAUUCCAUGCAUGAUCCUCUGAAGGAGGAAAACAAGGCAUCCCUGGUGCCUAUCGAACGAGCAAGUGCACGUUUCCUGUUUGUAGCUUCAGAGGACGACUUGAACUGGGACAGCAAGGCCUACAUGAACGAGAUGGUGGACAGACUGAAGCGUCAUGGGAAGGAGAACUUUGAGAGUGUGAGCUACCCUGGAGCCGGGCAUUGUUUAGAGCCCCCGUUUGGACCGUACUGCCCUUCCAGCUUCCAUGGGUUCAUAGGUGUGCCGGUCCUGUGGGGAGGGGAGCCCAAGGCCCACGCUGCUGCUGAAGUCCAUCUAUGGAGGAAGAUCCAGGAGUUCUUCAGAACUCACCUAAGCUGUGACAAAAUUCAAAUUAAAUCCAAGUUAUAGUGCUGCUGUCCUUCAAUCAAAAACCAGCCAAGAUAACUAAAAGAGAGUUUUGGGCUGAAAGGAAGAUCCAUUACUCCAAAAAAAUAAAACAAAAAAAAGCUAGAGUACAGUUUGAAAAUCCGCUAAUAAAGCAAACCUUAAUUCAAUCUAUAUAAACUCAUGUUUUUGAAAGCUGUU